AGACAUGAGGUGGGGGAUGAAAUGCUUUCUCCUCAUGUGCCUGCUGCUGGCUGUGCACAGCUACAGUAAGGACGAGGAAGAUGAAGGGCUGGAAGAGGUUUUCAAGGGGGCUGGACAAGACAUCCUGGAAACCAUCUCAACUAGCAAGCAUCCCCUGAGGGAGCUGCAAGUCAAGUACGGGGAGUCUACCAAGAUGCUCCUGUCAGGGGGAGUUGUCGGAUACCUUGUGGGAAAGAUUGUCAGGUCUUUAGCAAUCAGCGUCGUCAAGAUGUUGAUCCUCAGCAGCCUUAGCUUCUUUGCUGCUGUGUUCUUCGGCUAUGCAGGGCUGGACUACGAUGAGGUGAUCGAGAGGAUGACGCAUAACCGAGACAAGUUCCGGGGGAUGGC